AUGUGUUUAGAGGGAUCGCAUGAUUUUGAAGACAACGAAGACUGUGGUUUGUCUCCUGACUUAUUGAAGAUGGUAGAAAGGGCCGAGAAGCAAAUCCUACCUCAUAGGGAAUCAAUAGAAAUUGUGAGCUUAGAGGAGGGUAAAGAGGAUAUACCGGGGUUAAGUACUGACAUGGUAGUCUAUCGUCUCCCUAUAAGAGAAGAUUGCAAGCCAGUGCAGCAAAAGCUCAGAAUGAUGAGGCCUGAUAUCGUGUUGAAGAUAAAGGAGGAGGCCCAAAAGCAGUUUGAUGCCGGAUUUCUGCAAGAAGUCAGGUAUUCUGAGUGGGUGGCUAACAUCGUACCAGUUCCAAAGAAAGAUGAGAAAGUACGAAUGUGUAUGGAUUAUCGGGAUUUGAACAAGGCUAGUCCAAAGGAUAAUUUCCCAUUGCCUCACAUUGACACAUUGGUAGACAAUACUGCGGGCUUUUCACUGUUUUCCUUCAUGGAUGGAGCGACAUACCAAAAAGCCAUGGUAGCCUUGUUCCAUGACAUGAUGCACAGGGAAAUCGAGGUUUACGUUGAUGAUAUGAUCGCGAAAUCUAGAACGGAGGGCGAACAUGUGCGGGUCUUGAGAAAGUUAUUCUUAAGAUUGAGAAAGUUCCAGCUCAAGCUUAAUCCAGCGAAGUGCACUUUUGGGGCCAGGUCAGGAAAGUUGCUAGGCUUCAUAGUCAAUGAAAAGGAAAUCGAGAUUGACCCAGACAAAGUCAAGGCAAUACAAGAUUUACCUCCACCUCGCACUCAGAAAGAAGUUCGGGGUUUCCUCGGAAGACUGAAUUACAUCGCUAGGUUCAUUUCACAACUGACUGAGAAGUGUGACCCUAUAUUUCGUCUUCUGAAGAAACAUAAUCCUGGUACUUGGGAUGAAGAAUGCGAAGAAGCUUUUAACAAGGUGAAGCAGUAUUUGUCUAACACUCCAGUGCUGUCACCACCUAGCCCAGAUAAGCCGCUGAUAUUGUAUCUGACAGUAUUUGAUAAUUCCAUGGGGUGUGUGCUAGGCCAACAUGAUGAAACGGGGAGAAAAGAAAGGGCAAUCUUACUGUCUGAAUUUGAUAUUGUCUAUGUGAGCCAAAAGGCUGUGAAAGGGAGUACAAUUGCUGACUUUCUAGCUAGUAGAGCUCUGGAGGACUAUGAGCCGUUGAGUUUUGAUUUCCCAAAUGAAGACCUGAUGUGUAUAGCGGCUACUGAAGAAAAUCUACAAGAAAGUCACGGUUGGAGGUUAAACUUCGAUGGAGCCUCGAAUGCCGUGGGCAAUAGAAUUGGGGCAGUCCUAGUGUCCCGGAAUGGUGAUCAUUAUCCUUUCACUUGCAAAUUGGAUUUUGAUUGUACAAACAACAUGACAGAGUAUGAAGCAUGCAUCAUGGGUAUUCGUGCAGCUAUAGAGCGAGGAAUCAAAGUGCUAGAGGUCUAUGGAGAUUCAGCAUUGGUGAUAUAUCAGCUCAGGGGUGAAUGGGAAACGAGAGAUCCCAAAUUAAUCAGUUAUCGAAAACAUGGGGAUAUGAAGCCAAUCCAAAUAAGUAUCUAUGAAGACCCGGCUCAUUGUUACAAUAUUGAAGAAGGAGAAAUUGAUGAUAGCCCUUGGUAUCAAGAUAUACUACGGAGGGGAAAAGAUCAGGUACUGCUAAGAUAUGUGGACGCCGUAGAAGCAAAGAAAAUUCUAGAGGAAGUCCAUGAGGGCAUCUGCGGGACGCAUGCCAGUGGGUUCACAAUGGCUAGGCAGAUUAUGAGAUUCGGGACCUCCACCGGGGCAACGCCUUUCUCCUUAGUUUAUGGCAUGGAGGCAGUCUUGCCCAUCGAAGUUGAAAUCCCUUCUCUCCGGGUUUUGACUGAGCUACAAUUGGAUGAAGCGGAAUGGGUUCAAUCUCGAUAUGAUCAGUUGAACUUAAUAGAGGGAAAGAGGCUAAAGGCUAUUCAGCAUGGUCAGAUGUAUCAGAAAAGAAUGAUGCGAGCCUACAACAAGAAAGCCUUCUCUGGAGGAGCCCUGAUCCUGGCUGAAAUGGAUGGAAAAAACUUGCCUAAUCCAGUAAAUUCAGAUUCGGUCAAGAGAUACUUUACUUGA